AUGGUACGAACGGAACCCACUGAUGACCAGGCGCUGUUUGCCGCUUCCGGGAAGGGAGUCAUGCGACAGCUGCGCGAGAAUCCCUACAUCCUAGGAUUGGCUUCCUUUGCUUCCCUCGGAGGAUUUCUCUUCGGAUACGAUCAAGGUGUCGUCUCCGGUGUCUUGACAAUGGAAUCAUUUGCAGUUCGUUUCCCAAGAAUUUAUAUGGACAGUGGAUUUAAAGGAUGGUUUGUCUCGAGUUUGCUCUUGGCUGCUUGGUUCGGAUCGCUCAUCAAUGGUCCAAUUGCCGAUCGCUAUGGCCGUAGAGGCUCAAUUAUUAUGGCAGUUGUCGUCUUUACAUUGGGAUCGGCCGUUCAGGCAGGUGCUAUAUCGGUCGGCAUGGUCUUUGCUGGCCGAGCCGUUGCCGGACUUGCGGUUGGAAUGUUGACCAUGAUUGUACCAAUGUACAUGUCUGAGGUCUCGACACCCGGGAUUCGAGGUACUCUCGUUGUGCUUCAACAAUUGAGUAUCACUCUUGGCAUCUUGGUCAGCUACUGGCUCGAGUUUGGAACGGCCUAUAUCGGUGGUCACAGAUGUGCCCCUAACAUUCCCUACUCGGGAGGUUCCUCAUCGUCACCCACCUUCAAUCCACUCCGAGACGUUGGACCCAACGGGUGUACCGGACAAAGCGAUGCGUCUUGGCGUGUUCCUUUUGCCUUGCAAAUCCUUCCUGGUCUCAUUCUUGGUAUUGGGAUGCUAUUCUUCCCUGAAUCUCCACGCUAUCUCUUGAUGCGCCAAAAGGACGAACUCGCCCUCUCUGCCCUCGCAAGACUCCGUCGUGGAGAUCCCGGUGAUUCACUACUCCGUACCGAGUUUCUUGCCAUCAAGGCUGAAGUCCGUUUCGAGGAAUCGUAUGCACGUGACAAAUAUCCUGGAAAAUCCGGCCUCAAACUUUACCUCGCCGAGUACAAAUCACUUAUUUCGACUCGCCCUGCUUUCAAACGCCUUUCUGUAGGCUGCUGUGUCAUGUUCUUUCAGCAAUUCCUGUUUUGCAAUGGGAUGAUCUAUUAUGCGCCUUUCAUCUUCGGACAAUUGGGCCUCAAAGGCCAGACGACGUCCUUGUUGGCGACCGGAGUAUAUGGUAUUGUCAACACACUUUCGACACUCCCUGCACUUUUCUUGAUCGACAAGGUCGGGCGACGCCCACUCCUGAUGUGCGGGGCCUUUGGAUGCUUCGUUUCGCUCACGGUUGUGGGAUCAAUCAUCGGCAGAUAUGGUUCCACCCUUCAAACGGAGAAAGCUGCAGCAUGGACCGGUAUAGCAUUCAUCUACAUCUACGACAUCAACUUCUCUUAUUCAUUCGCACCAAUCGGGUGGGUUCUACCGUCUGAGAUCUUCACACUCGCAAAUCGCUCCAAAGCCAUGUCCAUUACAACCAGCACAACAUGGAUGUGCAAUUUCAUCAUCGGCCUGGUCACUCCAGACAUGCUGGAGACACUCACAUGGGGUACCUACAUCUUUUUCGCAAUGUUCGCUCUCAUGUCACUGGGAUUUGUCUAUUAUUUCGUCCCAGAGACCAGAGGCAAGAGUCUCGAGGACAUGGAUGUGAUUUUCGGCGAUACGGCGGCUCACGAAGAGAAGAUGCGGCUUUUCAAUAUUGCCAACGAGCUGUCUGAGAGUCUGGUUGAUGGGCAGAAGAAGCAGAGUUUGGCAGAAGAAGUUGAAUCCAAACCCUAG